AUGAGGUGUCAACACUCAUUAGGGACGACACGUGGUCCUGCAUCAUCGUCCUCCUCAACUUCUGGCUCUUUGGUAGAAGAGCUUAAUAUAUCAAGUCCUGGUCAUGUACUGUAUGGUUUCUAUAAUACUCCUCCUCUUGAUACAGAAAUUAGUUUUGAAUUCAAUGCUCUGCAUGUGAGGGGAUGGGAUGGAUGUACAUAA